AUGGCCAUCACCGACGAUGAUAUCACUUUUGAUCCAAAUUCUAUGUUCGCCAGAAACCCUGCCAAAAGGCAGGAUCAUAAGGACAGGGUCAGAAAUUCUGCUCCAGACGACGCAGUGAGCGCAACGAUCGUCAACGGUUUCCAUACAAGCCGCAGUGAUGCCACUCAGCACAUCACCGUUGAUUAUUACGAUGCCGCGGGCGGCAAAGUCCGCCAACAUGUUUAUUGA